GUUCCGGAAGCGCUCGGCGGCGGCGGUUGCGCGCCGGGCUCCGGGCGGGCUGGUGCGGGUGAGGGAUGGAGGUGAUCAGAAGCAAUUUUAAGGAUAACCUAAGCAAAGUGUACGAAGCUGUCGAAGAAGCGGACUUCCUGGCCAUUGAUGGGGAGUUCUCAGGGAUCAGCGAUGGGCCUUCUGUUAGUGCAUUAACCAAUGGCUUUGACACACCAGAAGAACGGUAUCAGAAACUUAAAAAGCAUUCCAUGGAUUUUUUGCUCUUUCAGUUUGGCCUUUGCACUUUUAAAUAUGACCACACAGAAGAGAAGUAUAUUAUGAAGUCAUUUAAUUUCUAUAUUUUUCCAAAACCCUUUAACAGAAGUUCACCGGAUGUCAAGUUUGUCUGUCAGAGUUCAAGCAUAGAUUUUUUAGCAAACCAAGGAUUUGAUUUUAAUAAAGUUUUUCGCAAUGGAAUUCCAUAUUUAAAUCAGGAAGAGGAAAGACAGUUAAGAGAACAGUAUGAUGAAAAGCGUUCUCAGGCCAAUGGUGCAGGAUCUCUCUCCUAUAUUUCUCCUAAUGCCACAAAGUGUCCUGUUGCAAUUCCUGAAGAUCAGAGAAAAUUCAUUGAUAAAGUAGUGGAACAAAUAGAAGAAUUUUUAAAGAAUGAAGAAAAUGAAAGUUUGGAACUGGAGCCAUGUACAGGGUUUCAGAGGAAACUAAUUUACCAGACCUUGAGCUGGAAGUAUCCAAAAGGUAUCCAUGUUGAAACUCUAGAGUCAGAUAAGAAGGAGAGAUAUAUUGUUAUUAGUAAGGUAGAUGAAGAAGAACGAAAAAGAAGAGAACAGCAGAAACAAGCAAAGGAACAGGAAGAACUGAAUGAUGCAGUAGGAUUUUCCAGAGUUGUUCAUGCCAUUGCAAAUUCUGGCAAACUUGUUAUUGGGCACAACAUGCUGCUAGAUGUUAUGCAUACUAUACAUCAGUUCUAUUGUCCUCUACCUGAUGUAAGUAAUCUUCUCAGUGUGCAGAUGAGAUUGAAGUCAUAUAUUAAGGCAUUUAUGUCAUCAACUCCAACCUUUCUUUUGAGUGAAAGCGUAUGUUUGCUGCCUUCUAAUCUUAAAACUAAGCUAUCUCAGAAGGCGUGUUGUUAUGUAAGUGUUUUGUUUAUAAUAUCUCUUGCCUUUCCCAUAGCUGUAAACACCAGCAGAUAUGCUGAAAGUUACAGGAUCCAGACAUACGCAGAAUAUGUUGAAAAAAAACAUGAAGAAAAGCGAGCAAAGAGAAAAUGUACGGAAGAUAGUUGGAAGGAGAUGGAGAGAAAACGGUUGAAAACUCAAGGUGCACCUUACGUUUCCCAGAGUCGAUACUACUGUGUUAACAGUUUUACAGGUACCAGCGUAGCGGGAAAGAGAAGUAUGAGUCCUAUUCAGGAAGAAACUGGUUCUGACAAUUUGGAAGAGGAAGGGGUUCCAGAAGAUGAGACCAACUGCUAUGCAGAGUCACCUCCAGAUGUUAAGAAGAGAACCAAAAGGUUCAAAAAAAUCAAGAGAGAACAAGUUUCAGCAGGAAGCCUCACAAGUAAUUCCACUGAAAUUUUUGAAGUCCCUGAAACAUGGUAGGAAAUAACUGCCUUAACAAGUGGAAUUGAUUGAAAGCAGUUGUGAGAAUGCACCUCCUGGAAGCCAUAAUUUAUUUAACUGAAGUGGUGUUAACAAAUCAGUAUGUGUCCUGAAAACCAGUUUAAUUAUUUUAAACUGUUUACUGAACAAUCACUGUCAAUUUUACUUCUGUGUAUAUUGACUAGUAUAUGAUCUUGUUGUUGAUCAAGUGAAAUCCUUGCUGUUGUUAAUUAUGUUAGAUUUAAGAAGCAAGACUAGAUGUAUUUCGGUCAUCCACUUUGGCAUGUUGGCUAUGAAAUGUACAAAAAGACCUGGCAGUCUAUGAUUUUGUGCUAGACUGUUUCCUGUGCUUGAGGGAAGUUACCACAAAUCUCCUAAUCUUUAGAUAUUUUUUCAGGCAACAUCAGAGUGCUGUCAGAACUCUUGAUACAGGUAGAACUGCAGUUUCACAUAUUGCUUUUUACCUGUUACUAUCUGGAAAUCAUUUUUUAGUUUUCCAUUCUUUACUUCACUCCCAGUGCAGCCAGCUUCAUCUGAAUACCAGCUUUACAGAUACCCUGUCUUUUCCAAAAAUAUAAUUUAUGUGCUCCUUAAAUAUGAAUUUCAUGGUGGGAGGUAGUUUUUUUCUUUGUUUUCACAUCUGCUGCUGUUUUCACCCCUAAGUCCCUAUCUAUUUCUUCCCUGCUUCUUCCCCAUCUUGUGGGGUUUUUGUUAAAAAUGUUUUUUGGUACCUGUGACAAACCUGCUAACUGUACCAGCCCUCUAUUUGUUUAAAAAAGAUCUGCAUUGGUAGAUUUCAGAAAAUGUUUGAUAUUUAACAUUUUUGUAUCAUGGAAAUAAAAACAAAAGAUGUAUUUCCAUAAAAUGAAAAUUAAAGAAAUUUUCUUAGGAAGUGGUUUGCUUUUA